GUAACAACCAUACUCUGUUAUUAGUUUCAAACUUUUGCGAGGAAAUCGCUAUGCCCUUGUAGGUCCAUCUAGUCCUUCCAUGUCACUAGCACUGUGGCAUGCAGCGUUCCAGAAGCAACAGUCAAAUGUCCAACAUGGUAAUGAAGAACUAUAUCUGGCGUAGCAUGAACUCGGUCACCAGCUCUACCGAUGCUGAAGAUUGGCUCGAUUUAUCCGACACUGUUUCCCUCCCCUCACUUUCUCUCGAUGACGUACUGAACGAGGUGAGCCAUCUCGAUGACGAGCCAUUUGGUAGUGGACUGUCAGAAGAUGUAGGGAUCACCCCGUCUCCGAUCCCUGUACCAUCAAAUUAUAAACUUGACAACGCUGUAAAGGCAGUUCGGCUUGAGUCUAUAUCACAUCAACUGGUAUCGUUUCGGGCUAAAAACGGGUCAGCGGUGGCAAUUGCUCAUAGUGGUAAUCACACCGCUGUAGCGACAAGCAAGGGAUCAUUACUCAUCUUUGAUGUAGAGGGUCGCUUGGAGCGAUUUUGGUCUGGUGGUGAUGCAGAUGGUUCGGCAUCAUGUGUUGCAUUUUCCGAGGGUGGAAAACAUGUUGCAGUUGGUUACAGCAAAGGUUUUGUCAAGGUAAUCAAUGUGAGUAGCGGAGCAGUUGAGGAGCUGAUUAGAGAGGCAGUUCAAAUUGGUCGUGGAGUAUUGCAAGUCCUCUUUCUUGACUAUGGUCGAUCUAUCCUCACUCUGGAUAGCGGAGGAUCUGUUUUUGAGAUACAUGUCCGCAGCAGAUUCCAAGUUAGGAAGCCAAAGAUACGCUGCAUAUUUUCGGGGUGCAACGGUGAAGUGCUUCAUAUGAGACUGUUGGGCCACUCCUUGCUUGCAUUGCUGACUGUUUCAAAGAUUCUCGUGGUAUCUACGAGGAUGGGUGGAUCUAUUGUUUGUGUUUUUCCUCUUGAAAUAAACACACGUUUUCCACCACUGCUCGACUAUUUUGAGGAGAGGAAAACAAAUGGAGCGCAUGGUGAUCUACGAGUGUGUGUGGGUAGAGGGCAAGCACUCACUUUGUUCAGAUUGUUACCACGCAAUGUUGGUACGCCUCAGAAAGCUGCCGUACUACUGCACAAAAUACAACUACCACAGCUUGCUGUAAAUCUUAGUUUUCUGUCGAGGAACUUCUUGAUUGCUUUCGAUGAAAAAGGAAAUUGUAUGAGCGUAAAGGAUAACAAAUGCCUGAGUGCUUUGGAUGGCAGUGGUUGUCGAGUUCCGCUAUUCUUUUCCACAUCAGAUUACAAGGGUUUGACCACCGGCGGCAAUGUGAGUCCUGCUAUGCAGUGCUUGGCCGACAGAGCUUGUUAUCAAUCCAUCUGCAAACGCCGCUCUCACCAAUCAGUCAUAGUGCUUUCUCAUGAUGAACUGUAUGAAUUGAGCAUGUUAUCUGAAGAGGAUCAGUUAGAGCUCUACCAAUCGCGAGGCGACUACGUAUCCGCGUGCUUAUACCUUCUUGAUAUAUACCGUGGGCGGAUAAAUGCUGAAAAGGAUUUCAAGGAACGCCUUCCGCGGUAUCUUUCCGAGCAUUUGCGACAUUUAGUAGACUUGGCAAUGGACGGCUGCAAAGAGGGCAAAGUAUCAGAGCUUGUUGCACAUUAUAAAGCCUACAUAUCAAUACUUUUGACUGUAUCUGUAGGAACAAAAAGCUUCCAAUGUCUGUAUGAAGAUAUUUGGCCAAGAGUGGAGCGUGAUGUGAUAUCGCGAUCCAUUUUCCUUGAAUCUUUGGAUGAAUUUGUACUGGACGGUUCUCUGGAAUCUCCACCUCCGGCUCUUGUUUCGGAGUAUUUGAGUCACUUAGCCUCAGAAGGUCACUUUUCGCAACUCCAAUCCUCAGUUGUUCGCUUUCCGAUCGAAUGUAUUGAUAUACAUUAUGUCAUGUCUACCUGUAAGCAAAAUGGUCUUUAUGAUGGUAUAAUUUAUGUUAUGAACAAAGCAUUUGGUGAUUACCUAUCACCAUUGGAGGAGAUGCUGUCUGAUGUCUCAUCUUUCGCAUCUCAUGAGGUGUUGUCGGAUGCGGAAGUGGAAAGAGGCAACCGUCUUCUGCUUUACUUGCACUGCUGCCUUACAGGGCAUGCCUAUCCGUACGGCACUCUUCCUCCAGAACUAUCACAUUCCAUUCCCGAAGAGGUCUACCGCUGCAUCACGUCACUGAAAGGAAAGGACGGAACUUCGACAACAGCAAAUUAUCCUUAUCUUCGCCUCCUGCUGCUGUUUGACGCACAACAGUUUAUACACAUGAUCGGGACGUGUGCGGACGCUGUUGUUUUUCAAAGUGAAAAUAGAUUGCAAAGGCUUAUUGAGAUUAUUGGUCGUCUGUCAGCGGAAAUGCGAGAUGAAAGCGCACUUGUACAGUUUCUAUUGCUUAUCAGCCAGCUAGCAGAAAUCAGUAACAUUAUAACUCCCACAGAGAUCGUCGAAGAUAUUGUCACCACUCUUAUGCGAAUGGAUUGGCAUCACCCAUCAGCGGAAUUUGCUGUUGUGGAGACGCUACGAACUACACCACAGAUUGACAGAGGAAGUAUCUUGAGGAUGGCUACAUCUCCCUUCAGGAAAGGUGUCUGCACAUUUAUCUACUGUGGAGAAAGGAAAUUCGUGGAGCUUAUUAGGAGUUUCAUGCGACAUGGCGAUCACGAGGGCAUCUUCGCCGUUAUUCGUCAAAUCUUGCGAGCAGAUUUAUCCGAGAUGGAGUUACAAGAGGUAUCGAAAGUGGUAUUUGAAGUGAUUCCUCAUCUGGUUAGCGUGAAUGCUGAAGAAUGCGCUCGUUUGGUGAUUGAAUGCAUGCCUAACUACAUCAGUGAAAUCAGACCGCACACAGAAGCAGAGAGGAAUGCCUGCUACCCCCUGUUAAAAGCUGCAUUCAAAAUCAAACGGGAAAAUCAUGAAACCUUUAUGCAAACAGAUGAAGAUGUUGAGGAUUUUUUGUUCGGGAUAGUUUUCGAAGGUAUGGUGCAGGAGAAAUCUGAAAAUCUAGAUGAACUUUUACAAGACUGGUUACUUUACUGGCUGCCCACUGGCUCAAGGACAGAUUUCUGUUUGAAUAUCGCAGCAGCUGCUGAAUGCGUGAAAAGCAUGAUAUUAUUGAUGGAAGCUCGUGGUUUGCUGGCCGAUGCUUUUGAAGUGCUCUUCAAGCAAAUACAGGAAAGCAAGAAAGAUCAGCACCGAUUUGUGUAUUGGCUGGACAAGGGUCUCACCUUCUGCAGUUCACACUCUAACUUCUCUCAUUCGCGAGGAUGGCUGCUGAGAAUCAUGCGCGCAGUCACAGGAGCUGCAGUUGAGGAAAAUGCCGUAGAUGUGGAAUUCCGGUUGCGUUCUCUAGCGAACGGAAUUCUUGAAAAUGGAUCAGAGAAUUCUUUAGAACUCGUUGAAUGCUUGUACGAUUAUCCCUCAUUCAAACAAGGCGUACUGAGCGACUACUCUUCUUUGAUCUACAAGAUACUGGGCACCUGCUCUCACGAGACUUUCUUGAUGAAACAGCUCCUUUUGUGCAUAAAUGAAGAGAGCUCUGAGGAUAUGCAUUUUCUCGGAGCCGAACUAUGCCGAAAAGUCCCUGACGUUAUUGAAGGAAAAUGUAGAAUUUGUCGCUUGUCCGUAACGAAAGCUGCAUACAUUUUCAGCUGUGGGCAUACAGUUCACAUGGAAUGUGACAGUGGCGAGCGACAGUGCCCAUGCACUGCGGCCAAGAGCAGACUCGUUCGAAAUCAGCAAGAACUUAACGCAUCAGUCUUGGACCCACUCUGCCGGCGAAGGUUACGAGACACUAGGGACAUCUUCGAUAAGAGGUAUCAUCCUCAGUUAGAUUUAUACAGAUGUUACUUCACUAUACAUACUUGCUGAAUGUUAUUCACUGGCCUUAUCAAUGAUAAUAUGAUUGCGGGUUUCCAC